GUGCGGGCGUGCAGUCAGUCUGCCUCCGCACCCCGACCACAUAGGUGAGGAGGACCACCACUACACAGUCACCAUGACGGAGGCCACGCUUGUAGGGAGCACCAUGGGUGGCGGCACCCUCUCCUGGUUGGACUACGGGGUGUUUAGCCUCAUGCUGCUGCUCUCCCUCCUGGUGGGCGUCUACUUCGCCAUCAAGAGUCGCAACAAGGGCAACGACGAGUUCUUGGUGGGCGGCCGAAGCAUGACUUGCCUGCCCAUGUCCAUGUCGCUGGUGGUGACAUACCUCUCAGCGGUAUCUCUUCAAGGCUUCCCCGCUGAGACCUUCUACCACAGUAUGCAACCUGUCCUUACCAAAUCUAGCAUCCUGGCAAUACCCAUUGCCGCCGCCGUCUUCGUUCCCUUCUACUACGAACUAAAAAUUGUUUCCGCUUACCAGUACCUGGAGAUGCGGUUCAACUCUGUGACAACGCGUCGUGUCGCCAGCGCCCUCUUCAUCACGCAGACGCUUCUCUACCAGGCCAUCGUCAUCUACGCCCCGGCUCUCGCCCUCGCUGCCGUCACCGACUUCCCCAUGUGGCUCGCCAUCCUUGUCGUGGGCGCUAUCGCCUCCUUCUACACUACCAUCGGAGGCCUGAAGGCGGUGGUGUGGACCGACGCCCUACAGUUUGUGAUCGUGCUGGGAGGCCUCAUGACCAUCGUCAUCAUGGGAGUGAAAGAGGUGGGCAGCCUGCAGAAAGUAUGGGACAUUAACGUCAAACAUAAGCGUGCAGGACUACAGAUUUUCAACUGGAGUCCGGACAUAUUUGAGCGACACACCGUGUGGGGUCUGUCGUGGUUCGGCUUCUUCAGCAGCAUUGUGAAAUACGGCAGCUCCCAGACGGCCAUCCAGCGGUACUCCAGCAUGAAGAGCCUCACCCACGCCUACCUGUCAGUGUUGCUCCUCGUCCCAUACUUCGCCGCCGACGCUGUCCUGUUGACCCUCACUGGUCUGGUGGUGUUCGCGACCUACGAGGACUGCGACCCUCUGAAGGCCGGGCUGAUCCACUCUAAGGACCAGAUUCUGCCGUACUACGUCAUGGAUCGCUUCAGUUCCGUCCCUGGCCUGGCAGGACUCUUCAUAUCCUGCAUAUUUUCCGGGGCGCUGAGCACCAUCUCGUCCGGAGUGAACUCUCAAGCAGCUGUCACCUGGGAAGACUGGCUGUCUAAGAUGCCAAGCUGUGCCUCCCUCUCCACCUCCACCCAGACCCUCAUCACCAAGUUACUAGGUAGGUCCCACCCUCACACACCACCCACAUCCUCAUCACCAAGUUACUAGGUAGGUCCCACCCUCACACACCACCCACACCCUCAUCACCAAGUUACUAGGUAGGUCCCACCCUCACACACCACCCACACCCUCAUCACCAAGUUACUAGGUAG